GACUGAUUUUAUCGCAAUUUAUAUGAAAAAUGGGGGUAGUCCUUGGCGGAGGUCUGCGCUCUCUGACUGCUUUUCUAGUUAGAAAUAAUUUACAGAGAUAAAUUGCAAUUGCCAAGUCUGGCGCUGGAGUGUCGUACCAGUGCGUAAUCUGUGCCAGUGGAGUCUUUCAGCGCGGUUCAGAGCUCCUGCUGAUUUUCCAUAAUGUUUUCAUUGAGGGCCGUUUCUUGUAGGUAACAUUAACACACCAUCUAUUGACUGGCUUGGAGAUGAUCAAGUGGACUGCCUUACUAUGGAUAAUACUAUGGAUAUCACAGAAUACACGGGGACAGUACCAGUGUCCCAAUCCUAUACCCCAGCAGGUAGAUUUCAACAUAAUCUACCAAAACCUCACUUACUACCAAGCAGAAAAACCUAUUCAAAAUAUAGUCGUAAACACAGAAGAAAAAGAAAUAUACAUUGGAUCUCAGAAUAUCAUUGAAGGUAUUGAUACUGACAUGCAGAAAAUUUGGGAAGUGAAGACAGGUCCUAUUGGUAGUCCAGACUGUCAAACUUGUAAUUUGUGUGGCAUUGAAAUUGACCCCUCAGACCCAGUUGACACCGAUAAUGAAGUUUUGCUCAUUGACCCUGCUGGAUAUCUGCUCCCCUAUUUGUAUAUUUGUGGGAGCACUCAACAUGGGAUAUGUUACUUUAUUGACUACUCACAACCACUGGACCAACCUAUGUGUCUUUACAAACAAGCGCGAGACCAGCAAUUCAACUGCCCAGAUUGUGUUGCUAGCCCGCUUGGUACGACAGUGACUAUUGUAGAACAAGCGGCCACCUCGUAUUUCUUUGUGGCAAAUACGGUUGAUAACAAAGUGACGGAAAAGUACCCAAGAAGGUCCAUAUCUAUACUCAGACCACUUUCUACUCAGGAUGGAUUCGAGCUGGUUAUGAGUGGUUUAACAGUGCGUCCCGAUCUCAGACAAUCAUACAAAAUUAAUUACAUUUACAGCUUUGCCACAGAGGAUUAUGUCUACUUUCUGUCAUUGCAAAGAGAGGAUCCUUCAAAAAGAAACUCACCUUUUAGAACUCACCUUGGACGCUUAUCUGUUGCGAUUCAUGAGGUGUGGAUGUACAGAGAAGUGGUGCUUGAAUGUCUUUAUGUGCCCAAACGGAAGAAGAGAGAGACUACUGCAAGUAAUGUGGUAUACAAUGGACUACAGGCUGCCUACUAUGGACGUGUAGGAGAUGAACUGGCAAAACAGUUGGGUUUGGAUGUUGGCGAAAAGGUGCUCUAUGGGGUGUUCUCUCCAGUCAGUGAAACAGGACACAUCGGUAAAGCAUCAAUGCUGUGUGUGUUUUCAAUGAAACAAGCGAACCAGGCCAUAGACGAGGGAGUAGAGUCGUGCUGCUCUGCGGGCACUGAGCAGCUGUCCAGAGGGCUGUGUCACUUCCAGAUGUGUGAAAACUGCCCACAUGAGAACUCUAAUAAUACCUGCACUACAAUGCCGACUAUGGUGUCCAAGCCAUUUUACAGACUGGAUGUGUUUAACAAUGAGAUGAGGAACGUCCUGUUCACUUCAGUUCUGAUCACCACACAUGAACACCUUACUCUGGGACACUUUGGGACAUCUGAUGGAAGAAUAUUGCAGAUUAUUCUGACAUUGACCAGUCCCACAGUUUAUGCAAACUUUUCUCUGGGAGGUACUCAAGUCUCAAGAACUGCAGCCGUGUCAGAGAACUCCCUUCUGUUUGUGGUCGGAAACAAGUUGUUCAAGGUCCCUUCCACUGGACCUGGCUGUUCUCACUUUGUCACUUGUGCAAAGUGUCUGACUGCUCCUGUCUUUAUGAACUGUGGCUGGUGCUCAAGUGUCUGUUCUCGACAACAUGAGUGUAGCACACAGUGGAGCCAAGACUCCUGCCCACCCAUCAUCACAGAGUUUUAUCCAAAAGUGGCUCCUGCUGGUGGAGAGACCGAAUUGAUUUUGUGUGGAUGGGACUUUCUGACUCAGCCUCCUCUGAGCAUCACUGACAAAACCCACAUAGUCACUGUGGGGACAGGCAGCCCCUGCACCCCUCUGCCCCUACAGAGCAGUAGUACUAAACUGGUAUGCAAGAUCCACAAACACAGUCCUACGGAUAAUGUAAACAUAACUCUACAAGUGCAUGAGACGCCAGGGCCAAGCCGAUUCUCAAUACAAGGCCAAACUCAAAUGUCGGGCUUUUCCUUUGUGGUGCCAACUUUAACAGAAGUAACACCAGACUAUGGGCCCAUGUUUGGAGGGACAUUGGUUACACUAACUGGCAGCUAUUUGAACUGUGGGAACAAGCAGCAAGUUUUUAUUGGAGACAAGCCAUGUGACAUUAAAAGUGUGAGGGAUGAAACCGACUCUACAUCUUUGAUCGUGUGCCAAACAGCAUCUGCGUCUGCUGUAGGAAAAGUCCCUGUCAAAGUGCUCAUUGAUAAUUUCAAAAUGCACAGCUCUACACAGUUUGACUACAGAGUCAAUCCAACUAUAACCUCCAUCCAACCUCGGUGCAGUUUUAAAAGUGGCUCCAAACUGUGGAUCACAGGCUAUAACCUGACCUCUGCACACAAAACUGUCAUUCAGUACGACUCCCUCAAACCUACUGGGCAAAAAUCUUUUCCUCUUCAACAAGUUUGCAGUGGUCCAGUGAAUGCCUCUCAUAUGGAGUGCAGGGCUCCGGCGUUUCCUGAGGAAUUAGUGCAGGAAAAGUCUAACUCAGGUCAUCUGUCGAUUCACAUGGAUGGGAAAAAUGAGCUGUGGAGUGGACCAUUCGACUAUCAUCCCGACGCCAAAGUCAUCCCCUUUGAGUACGAUGACCACGUGUUAAAGCUAAGGCCAGAUGAUACAGAGGUUUCACUGCAUCAUCACAACCUCAACACCUGUAUGAAGAUUGCCAUGACAAUUGGAGGAGUGAGCUGUAACGUUCAGGUUCUGUUCAAUGAGCUCAACUGCAGAAUCCCUAAAGGAGUCGACAUUCCAGCUGAAGGGCUGCCAGUCCAAGUAAUUGUGAAUGGAGAAGUCCAUAAUGUGGGGACUGUGCUUAUCAAUAAACGGGACAAAAGCACAAUGAUCGCUGGAGUGGUUCUGGGGAUAAUCGCUGCUUUAGUCAUAGGAGCUGGCCUUGCAUUAGCUGUCAUGAUCCAUUUGAAAAAGAAGAAGAGAGCUAAUAUUGAGAAUCGCUUGUCCACAAUGAUUUCUCGGAGCCGGAUGGGCAGCAAUUAUGAUUUCUCCCCAACAGGUGACUACAGACGAGUAGAUCUGGCCAGUCAGACAUCAGGCUCAGGUAUGGCAUUUCAGGGUUUAUUGUAUGCUGCCAGCUAUGACCACCUGGCAGUACCUCUGAUGCGGGACAUCUCUAUGGUCAGUGUGAGCGCCGAGAUGCUGGAGGAGGUCAAAGAUGUGCUCAUCCCUGCAGAGAUGCUCAGAGUGGAGACCGACCAGAUUAUUGGCAAAGGACACUUCGGCACAGUCUAUCAUGGGUACUUGAUUGACAGCAACAAACAGGAGACCCACUGUGCUGUUAAAUCACUCAACAGAAUUUCAGAUCCCAGAGAAGUGGACCAAUUCCUACGGGAGGGAAUAAUAAUGAAAGCCUUCCAUCACCCAAACAUCCUCUCUCUACUGGGCAUCAUGCUGCCUAAAGAAGGGCUUCCCCUGGUGGUGCUGCCGUAUAUGAAACACGGAGAUGUGCGUCACUUCAUCCGGUCAGAGAAAAGGAACCCCACAGUGAAAGAUCUGAUAGGGUUUGGGCUACAGGUGGCUAAAGGAAUGGAGUAUUUGGCCCAAAAAAAGUUUGUUCACAGAGACCUGGCGGCACGAAACUGCAUGCUGGAUGAAACUUUCACAGUGAAAGUAGCAGACUUUGGAAUGGCAAGAGACAUCUAUGACAAAGAGUACUACAGUAUACAGGAUCACAAGAGGGUCAAGCUACCAGUGAAGUGGAUGGCCAUUGAAAGCCUCCAGACACAGAAGUUUACCACCAAAUCAGACGUGUGGUCAUAUGGUAUCCUGAUGUGGGAGCUGCUGACCCGAGGUGCCAGCCCAUAUCCAGACGUGGACCCCUAUGACAUCACUCGUUACUUGUUAAAGGGACGCAGGCUUCCUCAGCCUCAGUUCUGCCCUGAUGCAUUAUACAUCCUGAUGUUGAUGUGCUGGGACCCUGAGCCAGACCACAGGCCCUCCUUCCACAGCCUGGUGUCAGAGGUUCAGCAGAUCCUGUCCUGCCUGCAGGGGGAGCACUACAUCAAUCUGAAAGUUACAUACAUCAAUCUGGAUGAGCCCAGACCGUACCCGCCCGUGACCGACUCCGCUGACGAACUGGAGGAGGACUCUGACAGGGACUCAGACAGAAAUGGUCCAAGUGAGGACUGAAGACUAUAGCUCCAUUUAAAGCUACAUUAUGCCUCUGGUGGAGCUUUCGAAAAAUUUGUUUUUAGUCUGGAAUUUGCCACAGGUUGCCAUAAAACAUAAAACUGUCUCCAAGGUAACAAACAAAUGAGGCAAGCUGGUAUUUUUUGGCAAUAACACCUGUAAUUGAAUAAAUGCACGAUGGAUGGAAGUAUGCUACCAUACUGUGGAACAUUCAAAGCAAAAAUGUCCAUUAGGCUUUGCAAGUGGCAGACCCUCCACCAGAGAGGUUUCCUGGUGCUCUUUUAAUUUAAAUGGUGACAGUUAAAUUGUUGUGGUGUGAUCAGAUAUACAUCAGAAUAAUGCACCUUAGCACUAAAAGAUCAGGUUUUUCUGUGGGGGUUUAUUUUUUUGAAUCUUGAAUCUGAAAACAACCAAUGGUACAAGGACCUUAAUGCUAUUAUGUGCCAAAAACACUAUGAGACUAUUUUCUCCAGAGAAAUCACUUUGUAGUGUUUAAAAAGUGUAAAAAUGGACAAAAUGAAUGUAUUGUGUAUCAAAUGUGUGUAAAUAGAAAAAUCUAGAUAUUACCUAAGUUAACUAUUAUAACAAACCUGUGAAGACUUCCUUAGACUUACAGGCAAAGUUAAGAGUCAAAGGGAUGGACUUCUUUUUGAAAUACUUUUCUUCCACAUCUUAUAAUUUAUGAAGAAGGUUUAUUUAAUGAAAUUUAACUGUCAUCAGGUCCCUAGGUUAAGCUCACUGCCACAUGUCAUGCUUGAUGAUGUAAUGACUGUUGGCUCAAAGAUCAAUUUUGAAAUUGAGGUUUUAUUGUUACACAAAAUGGAACUUUACAGUCUUGUGUAACUUAAUAAUCGUGAACUCUUAAAGAGCAGCUGUUAUAAAUCAUAAAGAACUUCACUUGGCACAUUGUAGGCCUUGCAGGGCUAUCAUUGGAAACCUUUCAGUUCAGUCAGUUUAGUCAUAAUGUCUGAACUUUUAUGUAUAUAUAUAUUUUUAAAGGUAUAGCAUAAUAUAUUUUCAUAUUUUUCAGGGGGGGAUGUGGGUUGAAGAAUAACUGGACUCAAACAACUGUUGAUCUUAUAUAAACCAAAGCUCAUGGUCCACCACUAGAGGGUGUCCUCACUGCAGCAUCAGCACUGAGGUCUGCUGCAGUGAGGCUGGGCUCCACAAACAGGUGUUACACAAACACUGUAAUAAUUUCAACGAGUGAAAUUCAGCAUUCCCCUGCUGCAAUAGUCAUUCAUUCAUGAUUCCAUUUUAAUGAAAUCAUAUGAAACCUAACGUUGCAAAUGCACUGAUUUUUUUGUUUUUGUUUUCUAUAAAGGACUUUUACACGGUACUGUGUAUGACUUAAAGGGAAAGGUUAUGUGUGUGUUAUUUUAAUGUAUGGCAGUUUCAUUGUAAUGUAGUUUAGGACUUCAACAGAAUGCUGUAUUUGAUUAAUCAAAAAAAAAAAAAAAAAAAAAAAGCAAAUGCUGCAUUAAUGAGAUAAGAUGUACAGUUUAUGUAAUAAAUAAGGUUUUUAUGUUCUUUAUGUGAAAUGAAAA